AUGGCUAAAUUACCUAUUUACAAGAAAAUAACAUACUUCAUUGUGAUUUGGCAGCCAGAAAUUAAAAUAUUCGACUUUGGAACCUCUCGAAUGUUGCCAGAUGGGCAAGAGUUUAUUAAUACAAUAAAAGGAGAAAGACUUGCAUUUAAAUAUCUAGCUCCAGAAACAAUCCACAAAAAAAUUCUUUCAAAAAACGGAUGUGUGGAGUUUUGGAGUACUAUGUUUUGA